ACUUUUCCUUUACUACUAAAAUUCUUGAGACGUAGCUCACUUGAAAUCUCUCACCUUCUCAGUACACGAGGGAGACACACCCAACGAUGUCGAUGGUCACUUUGCCCUACAUAGUGGUGCACCCUACCAAAACACAUACCGCAACUGUAAUUUGUGUACAUGGCAUCGGUGAUGAUGGUAAGGGAUGGAAUCCCCUAGCAAGCGAGCUCGCGUCUGCCCUCCCACACGUCAAGUGGGUUCUCCCCCAUGCACCUCAGCGACCCGUAACAGUAUAUAAUAGAGAAUGGCUCCGUGCCUGGUUCGAUAUAUCAUCUUUUUCCUUCACCGAGACGGAGGAUGCACCGGGCAUGUGGGACUCGGUACACAAGCUGGACGCGCUUGUCAAGGCCGAGGUCGACGCUGGCAUCCCACAAGAGCGUAUUGUCCUAAGUGGUUUUUCGCAAGGUGGUGCAAUGGUACUCCUUUCUGGUCUCGGAGGGCGCGCAGUACGCGAGGGACGUGAGGGCUGGAAACUCGCAGGAGUCGUGGUAAUGAGUGGGUGGCUGCCAUUACGAGACCGUUUCAAGUCGCUUAUCUCCCCGCACGCGCUAACAAUGCCGGUUUUCUGGGGUCAUGGAACAGACGACCCAAUUGUGAGAUAUAGCUUCGGGCGAAAGUCGGCGGAGAUUUUGAAAGACCAGGUCGGUCUAGCGCUGAGGUGGGGUGACAAAGGAGAGGCAGAACGCGUGGCCUUCGGGAGCGCUGGUGUGAGUUUUUUGGGAUAUGAUGGUGUGCAACAUGCAGCAUGUUCUAAGGAACGUGCUGACCUGAAGGAGUUUUUAAAAAGAGUAAUCCCUGACAAUCAUAGUGGAUGA